AUGUUUACCAAAAAAAAACAAAUUUCAAAACCAAAGUUAUUUUUGGGAAACACACCUUUACCAUUCGUGAACAACAUAAAAAUUCUAGGUUUGAUUUUUGAUAAACUUACAUGGAAACCUCAUAUAAUUAAGACCAAAACAAGUGCAACAAAAAGUAUCAAUAUCCUGAAAACGUUGAGCCAUGUUGAAUGGGGAGCAAAAAGCUCCGUCUUAAUCAACCUAUAUAGAUCUCUUGUUAGAUCUAAAUUAGACUAUGGAUCAAUUUGCUAUACCAAUUCAUACCCUAACCUCCAAAAAACAAUUGACAUAAUUCAUAACAAUGGUCUAAGAGUUGCAACCGGAGCAUUAAGAAGCAGCCCCAUCCCAAGAAUUUUAUCCAUUUCUAGAGAACCUCCCCUUCAUAUUCGCAGAACCAAAUUAGCUCUAAAUUAUAUUUCUCGCAUCCUUUCCUCCCCAGAAAACUCUACAUUACCAUUUGUGACUCAAAAUCGUUUUGCAAAUAUAUUUUGCUCCAAUUCAAAUCUAAAAAAACCAUUGGGUUUAAGGAUGCUGUAUGAAAUGUCGCUUAACAAUAUCGAUCCAAAUUCAAUUAUCAAACGAGAAUAUAGUGUGGUGCCUCAUUGGAGAGUGCCAUCCUUUCUCGUGGACACCAAUUUAGCUAAUUAUAGUAAAAAAGAAACGUCAAGUAUUAUCUAUAAAAAUUUAUUCAAUGAAAUCAUCAACUCUCCUCCGUCAAACCCACAAAUCUAUACAGACGCCUCCAAAACCAACUCAGGCGUCGCGAUUGCUAUCAUAAAUGGCCAUCAAUCUAUAUCGUACAAACUACCAGACCAUAACAGUAUUUAUACGGCGGAAUACUUUGCACUCCUGGAAGGAGUCUACCUAGCCAUUCAAUUACCUGAUUCAAUCACUAACAUUUGUACAGAUUUACUCAGCGCUCUUAACAAUCUUAAGUAUAACUGGUACUCAAGCACCCUAGCAAUUAAAAUAAGCAACAUCAUUGUAAAAGCUAACAAGUACAUACGGUUUAUAUGGACACCAGGUCAUUGUAGAAUAGAUGGCAAUGAAAAAGCCGACCAAGUAGCUCGUGAAGCAGUAAAUAACCCUCUGACCGAGAUACGCACAUACUCCUCACUCAUUGACAUCCAUAGGAAUGUAAGCACCUUUUGUACAAAUGUAUGGGAAUCCGAAUGGCGGCGUACACCUAAUAAAAAACUAAGGGAAAUAAAAAAUACUACAGAAUACUGGCCCAAACCUCAUACAUCAAAUCGCAAAGACGAAGUAGUUAUCAACAGACUACGUAUUGGCCACUCAAAGAUGUCCCAUGAACAUCUUAUGCGCAGAAAAGAUCCUGCAAUGUGCCAAACCUGCGGAGAACCUCUCACAGUCAAGCACCUCCUUGUCCAAUGUCGUAACCAUAUAGAUACCAGAAAAAGAUAA